CAGCAGUUCAGGCUGUGGUUCGCAGGAAGCAUACAUUGGCUUUUUGAUUCGUGCUAGUUCCCAGCUUAACAGUUUAGGAGGAUCUAACAUCAGCCUUCACGUGAAGGGGGAACCAAGGACAGUGAGGAGCUGGGUGGUCCCAGCCUUGGAGCCCUGCCAGCUGGACAUGGGCAUCUUCCUGACCCCCCCGAGAGCCCUGCAGAUGUCGUGGGGAAAUUGGUGAACCAGGCAAGACCAGGCUGCCCUCAAGGGACAGAGAAAUGGAGGCAAACGACCAUUUUAACUUUACUGGCCUUCCCCCUGCACCUGCUGCCUCAGGACUGAAACCCUCUCCCUCCUCAGGGGAGGGCCUCUACACUAACGGGUCUCCCAUGAACUUCCCCCAGCAAGGGAAAAGUUUGAAUGGGGAUGUGAAUGUUAAUGGCUUAUCUACUGUAUCUCACACUACUACUUCAGGGAUUUUGAACUCUGCUCCCCACUCCUCCAGCACCUCACACCUCCAUCACCCUAGUGUGGCCUACGACUGUCUCUGGAACUACUCACAGUACCCAUCUGCCAAUCCUGGCAGCAACCUCAAGGACCCACCCCUUCUCUCCCAGUUCUCGGGGGGACAGUACCCACUCAACGGCAUCCUUGGGGGCAGCCGGCAACCUUCAUCCCCAAGUCACAACACUAACCUUCGGGCUGGAAGCCAAGAGUUCUGGGCCAACGGUACCCAGAGUCCCAUGGGGCUUAACUUCGACUCACAGGAACUGUAUGAUUCCUUUCCUGACCAGAAUUUUGAGGUGAUGCCCAAUGGACCCCCUAGUUUUUUCACCUCCCCGCAGACCUCUCCUAUGUUGGGAUCCAGCAUCCAGACCUUUGCACCCUCCCAGGAGGUAGGCAGUGGUAUCCAUCCUGAUGAGGCAGCAGAAAAGGAGCUGACUUCAGUUGUGGCAGAGAAUGGCACUGGCUUAGUAGGCAGCCUGGAGCUGGAAGAAGAGCAACCAGAACUGAAGAUGUGUGGCUACAAUGGCUCUGUCCCUUCUGUGGAAUCAUUACACCAAGAGGUCUCAGUCUUAGUUCCUGACCCCACAGUGAGCUGCUUAGAUGAUCCUUCACAUCUUCCUGAUCAACUGGAAGACACUCCAAUCCUCAGUGAAGUCUCUCUGGAGCCAUUCAACCCUCUGGCACCAGAGCCAGUGAGUGGAGGACUCUAUGGUAUAGAUGACACGGAGCUGAUGGGUACAGAGGACAAGCUGCCUCUUGAGGACAGCCCUGUGAUUUCUGCCCUUGAUUGCCCUUCCCUCAAUAACGCCACUGCCUUCAGUCUCCUGGCAGAUGACAGUCAAACUUCAGCCUCUAUCUUUGCCAGCCCCACCUCUCCACCUGUCCUUGGGGAGUCUGUUCUGCAAGAUAACACCUUUGACCUGAACAAUGGUAGUGAUGCAGAACAGGAAGAAAUGGAGACUCAGGCUUCAGACUUCCCACCAUCUCUGACCGAACCAGCCCCUGACCAGUCAUCCACUAUUCAGCUCCAUCCAGCAUCUUCACCAGCAAUCGCACCAACAGCCUCCCCGGCAAUCUCCCUGGCAGUUUCGCCAGCAGCCUCCCUGGAAAUCUCUCCAGAAGUCUCCCCAGCAGUUUCGCCAGCAGUCUCCCCAGAAGUGUCCCCAGUCACCUCCCCAGCAGCAUUCCCAGCUGUCUCUCCAACUUCCUCAGCAGCCCUCCCACCAGUCUCCUCAGAAGUCUCCUUGACGGCCUCCCAAGUGACCUCUCCAAAAGUGUCCCCUUCAGCUUCUCCAGCCAUUGCCCUUCCAACAGCCUCCCCAGCAGAUAAAGAUGUCAACAGCCUUCCUGAAACCACUGCUGACCUGGAAGAAAUCACUGGAGAAGGAGUCACUACUUCUGGUAGUGGUGAUGUCCUGAGGAGACGUAUUGCUACCCCAGAAGAAGUUCGUCUUCCCCUCCAACAUGGGUGGCGGAGAGAGGUGCGCAUUAAGAAGGGUAGCCACCGAUGGCAGGGGGAGACCUGGUAUUAUGGCCCCUGUGGGAAGAGGAUGAAACAGUUCCCGGAAGUGAUCAAGUACCUGAGCCGCAAUGUGGUACACAAUGUCCGUCGUGAGCACUUCAGUUUCAGUCCUCGUAUGCCUGUUGGAGAUUUCUUUGAAGAGAGAGACACGCCAGAGGGCUUGCAGUGGGUACAGCUCUCAGCAGAGGAGAUCCCAUCCAGGAUUCAGGCGAUUACAGGGAAACGGGGCCGACCUCGAAAUACUGAGAAGGCCAAGAUUAAGGAAGUCCCCAAGGUGAAACGGGGACGAGGUCGGCCACCCAAAGUCAAAAUCACCGAGCUGUUGAGUAAGACAGAUAACCGCGUCCUAAAGAAACUGGAGACCCAAGAAACAUUGAAUGAGGAGGAUAAAACAAAGAUGAGCAAAAUCAAGAAGAAGACAAAGCAGAAGGUACAACGAGGAGAGUGUCAGCCUACUGUCCAAGGGCAGGCCAGAAAUAAGCGGAAACAAGAGACCAAGAGCUUAAAGCAGAAGGAAGCUAAGAAGAAACCCAAGGCUGAGAAGGAGAAGGUAAAGACAAAGCAGGAAAAACUGAAGGAAAAAGUGAAGAGAGAGAAGAAAGAGAAGGUAAAAUUGAAGGAAAAGGAGGAAGUGGCCAAAGGCAAGUCAGCCUGUAAAGCAGAUAAAACGCUGGCCAUGCAGAAGCGCUUGGAGGAGCGGCAGAGGCAGCAGAUGAUCUUGGAGGAGAUGAAGAAGCCUACAGAGGAUAUGUGUCUGACUGACCAUCAGCCGCUGCCUGACUUCUCACGCAUCCCUGGUCUGAUCCUGCCUAGUGGGGCCUUUUCAGACUGCUUGACCAUCGUGGAAUUCCUGCACAGCUUUGGCAAGGUGCUGGGCUUUGACCCCGUGAAAGACGUACCCAGCCUGGGGGUCCUCCAGGAGGGACUCCUGUGUCAAGGCGACAGCCUGGGUGAGGUGCAAGAUCUGCUGGUGCGGCUCCUGAAGGCCGCGCUCUAUGAUCCUGGCUUGCCCUCCUACUGUCAGUCCUUAAAGAUCUUGGGAGAGAAGGUGUCUGACAUCCCGCUGACAAGAGACAAUGUAUCUGAGAUCCUGCGCUGCUUCCUCAUGGCCUAUGGAGUGGAGCCAGCCCUCUGUGACAGCCUGCGCACCCAGCCUUUUCAGGCCCAGCCACCCCAGCAGAAGGCUGCUGUCCUGGCCUUCCUUGUGCAUGAGCUCAACGGCUCCACCCUCAUCAUCAAUGAGAUCGACAAGACUCUGGAGAGUAUGUCCAGCUACAGGAAAAACAAGUGGAUCGUUGAAGGCCGGCUCCGGAGACUGAAAACUGCUCUGGCCAAGCGAACUGGGCGGCCUGAGGUAGAGCUACAAGGGCCAGAAGAGGGCCUGGGGCGGAGGCGCAGUUCUCGAAUCAUGGAGGAGACCAGUGGCAUGGAGGAAGAAGAGGAGGAAGAGACUGUAGCGACUGUCCAUGGCCGUAGGGGUCGAAGAGAUGGAGAGGUUGAUGCCACAGCAUCAAGCAUCCCAGAGCUAGAGCGCCAGAUAGAAAAACUCAGCAAGCGUCAGCUCUUCUUUCGAAAAAAGCUGCUUCACUCAUCCCAGAUGCUUCGGGCAGUCUCCUUGGGUCAGGACCGCUACAGACGCCGCUAUUGGGUGUUGCCCUAUUUGGCUGGUAUCUUUGUGGAAGGAACAGAAGAGAGUUUAGCUCCUGAGAAUGUGAUAAAGCAGGAAACUGAGUCUUUAAAAGCGGCAGCCCAUCCAGCCCCCAGCCCAGCCUCCUUCUCGCUGAAGAAGGAAUUAGCCAGCUCUAGCACCUCUGCCAGUACUCCUGCCCGGGCUCGAGGCCGGCCUCGGAAAACUAAGCCUGGGUCUAUGCAACCUAGGCACCUUAAAUCCCCUGUGAGGGGUCAGGGUUCAGAACAGCUUGAUGCCCAGCUUCAGCCUGAGAUUCAGCCCCAUCCUCAGCUUCAGGCUCAUGCUCAGCCCCAGCCCCAACCCCAGCUUCAGCUCCAUUCCCAGCCCCAAAAUGGGUUCCUGGAGCCAGAAGGCUCCCCUUUGUCCCUGGGUCAGAGCCAGCAUGACCUCAGCCAGUCAGCCUUCCUGUCUUGGCUGAGCCAGACUCAGAGCCAUGGCUCCCUGCUGAGCAGCUCAGUCCUCACACCUGACAGCAGCCCUGGAAAACUGGACCCAACCCCAUCACAGCCCUUGGAGGAGCCAGAGCCUGAUGAGGCAGAAUCCAUCCCUGAUUCUCAAGCUCCCUGGUUUAACUUCUCAGCCCAUAUGCCUUGCAGUGCUGCCCCUACACCACCCCCUGCAGUUUCUGAGGACCAGCCUACACUCUCCCCUCAGCAACCUGCCUCUUCCAAGCCAAUGAGUAGACCCAGUGCUGCCAACCCCUGUUCUCCAAUGCAGCUCUCUUCUACCCUCUUGCCUGGAUUGACUGCUAAGAGGCGAACAGGAGACCCUGGGGGAACACCACAGAGUCUCACAGGGCUAGGACAGCCAAAACGGAGGGGGAGACCUCCCAGUAAGUUCUUCAAACAGAUGGAGCAGCGUUAUCUAACCCAGCUGACCGCCCAGCCUGUCCCCCCUGAGAUGUGCUCUGGCUGGUGGUGCAUCCAAGAUCCUGAGACCUUGGAUGCCAUGCUCAAGGCCCUGCACCCCCGAGGCAUCCGAGAAAAGGCACUUCACAAACACCUAAACAAGCACAGGGACUUCUUACAGGAAGUCUGCCUACGGCCCUCAACUGACCCCAUCUUUGAGCCCAGUCAGCUACCUGCCUUUCAAGAAGGGAUUAUGAGCUGGUCUCCCAAAGAAAAGACCUAUGAGACAGACCUGGCCGUGCUUCAGUGGGUAGAGGAGCUGGAACAGCGGGUUAUCCUGUCUGAUCUGCAGAUUCGGGGCUGGACGUGUCCCAGCCCAGACUCUACUCGUGAAGACUUGGCCUACUGUGAGCAUCUACCUGACUCACAGGAGGAUAUCACUUGGAGAGGUCGAGGUAGAGAAGGGCUGGCACCCCAGCGUAAAACUACCAACCCUCUGGACCUGGCUGUGAUGCGGCUGGCCGCCCUGGAGCAGAAUGUGGAGCGGCGGUAUCUACGGGAGCCACUUUGGCCAGCCCAUGAGGUUGUGCUGGAGAAGGCCUUGCUCAGCACGCCCAGUAGUGCCCCCCAGUGCACCACUACAGAGAUAUCAUAUGAGAUCACCCCUCGCAUUCGAGCAUGGCGCCAGACACUUGAGCGCUGCCGCAGUGCAGCCCAGGUGUGCUUGUGCCUGGGCCAGCUGGAGAGGUCCAUUGCCUGGGAGAAGUCCGUCAACAAAGUGACCUGUCUCGUCUGCCGGAAGGGUGACAAUGAUGAGUUUCUUCUGCUUUGUGAUGGGUGUGACCGGGGCUGCCACAUUUACUGCCAUCGGCCCAAGAUGGAGGCUGUCCCAGAAGGAGAUUGGUUCUGUGCAGUAUGUUUGGCCCAGCAGGUAGAGGGAGGAUUCACUCAGAAGCCUGGGUUCCCAAAACGAGGCCAGAAGCGGAAAAGUAGUUACGAACUGAACUUCCCAGAAGGGGAUGGCCGCCGACGCCGGGUACUGUCAAGGGGUCGAGAAAGCCCAGCGGCGCCCCGGUACUCAGAAGAAGGGCUCUCCCCCUCCAAGCGGCGGCGGCUCUCCAUGCGGAACCACCACAGUGAUCUCACGUUUUGCGAGAUUAUCUUGAUGGAGAUGGAGUCCCAUGAUGCAGCUUGGCCUUUCCUGGAGCCCGUGAAUCCACGUUUGGUGAGCGGGUACCGGCGCAUCAUCAAAAACCCUAUGGAUUUUUCCACCAUGAGGGAGCGACUGCUCCGAGGAGGGUACACCAGCUCGGAGGAGUUCGCAGCAGACGCGCUCCUGGUCUUUGACAACUGCCAGACCUUCAACGAGGAUGACUCUGAAGUAGGCAAGGCUGGGCACAUCAUGCGCCGCUUCUUCGAGAGCCGCUGGGAGGAGUUUUAUCAGGGAAAACAGGCCAAUCUGUGAGGCACGGGAGGUGGGGAGUCACCUGGUGGCAUCUCCCUCUGCCCUCCAAACAAAAACUACCCUGC